CCGGUGGUUCUACACUGACAGAAAAUUAUCGGCGGGCGGGAAGUUAUUGAAUCCCUUUCUCUUUCCAGAAAUGGCAUCUAGAGCAGAGGAAAGGUCGCCGACGAAGAUCGAAAUCGAAACAGCGGUUAAAAUGGAAGAGGAAGAAGACGACGAGCAUGAUUCUAAGGAGAGAGUUCUACAGAGGUACUUUUUACAAGAAUGGAAGCUCGUUAAAUCCCUUCUCGAUGAUAUUGUUUCAAAUGGCCGUGUCGUUAAUCCUAAUUCUGUUCAGAAGAUCCGAUCCAUUAUGGAUAAAUACCAGGAGCAAGGUCAACUAGUGGAACCUUACUUAGAGAGUAUAGUUUCUCCAUUAAUGUUUAUCAUCCGCUCCAAAACAGUUGAUUUAGAAGCCAGACCUGAUGAAAUUCUUGAGAUUAUUAAGCCAAUAAGCAUCAUUAUCUAUGCUUUAGUUACCGUAUGUGGGUACAAAGCUGUUAUCAAGUUCUUUCCGCAUCAAGUUUCCGAUCUGGAACUCGCCGUGUUGCUCCUGGAGAAGUGCCAUAGUACAAAUUCUGUUUCUGCUUUGAGGCAAGAAAGCACUGGUGAAAUGGAGGCCAAAUGUGUUACUCUUUUGUGGCUUUCUAUCCUUGUGUUGGUUCCGUUUGAUAUUUCUUCUGUUGAUACAAGCAUUGCUGAUGACAAGACCUUUGGUGUGGACGACCUUGCUCCUUUGGUGUUGAAGAUAUUAGGUUUCUGUAAGGACUAUCUGUGCAGUGCUGGACCAAUGCGCAGGAUAUCCGGAUUGCUUCUAUCUAAGCUUUUAACCCGUCCGGAUAUGGGAAAAGCUUUUUCAAGCUUUUUUGAGUGGACACAUGAAGUUUUAUCUUCUAAGGAAGAUAGUGUCACGAACCACUUUCGCUUGCUUGGUGUAAUGGAAGCUCUCUCAGCCAUUUUUAAGACUGCUAGCCGGAAAGUGUUGCUAGAUGUGCUUCCUAUUGUUUUGAAUGAUGUGACUGUGCUAAGCAAAUCAAAUGCGGCGGCUAAAAGUUCUCUGCUUCGUAAGUAUUUGAUCAAGUUAACUCAGAGGAUAGGGCUUGUUUGUCUUCCUCAUCGCUCACCUUCCUGGCGCUAUGUGACUCAAACUGUAUCUCUUUCUGAGAAUAUGUCUACGAGUUCAUCCCAAAGAUUGCCGCCUGAUCAUACUGUGACUGCCAUCUUACAACCAGAAAGUUUGGAUGAUCAAGAGGAUGAAGAUAUGGAUGUUCCAGAAAUCUUAGAAGAGAUUAUUGAAAUGCUACUCUCUGGUUUGAGGGACACGGACACCGUGGUUCGUUGGUCUGCUGCGAAGGGUAUAGGUCGUGUAACUUCACGUCUAACAUCUGUUCUGUCUGAAGAGGUGUUGUCAUCUGUAUUGGAGCUGUUUUCACCAGGAGAGGGAGAUGGUUCAUGGCAUGGGGGUUGUUUGGCCUUAGCUGAACUGGCUCGUAGAGGGUUACUUUUGCCUAGAAGUUUUCCACUAGUCGUUCCAGUUAUUGUGAAGGCACUCCAUUAUGAUGUUCGCCGUGGUCCACACAGUGUUGGAUCUCAUGUGCGUGAUGCAGCUGCCUAUGUUUGUUGGGCAUUUGGACGUGCCUAUUCCCACAAAGAUAUGAAAAACGUGCUGGAUCAGCUUGCUCCAGAUCUAUUAAUAGUGGGUUCCUUUGAUAGAGAGGUGAACUGUAGAAGGGCUGCUGCCGCUGCUUUCCAAGAGAAUGUUGGAAGACAAGGAAAUUACCCUCAUGGGAUUGACAUAGUGAACAUAGCUGAUUAUUUUUCCCUUUCUUCUCGGGUGAACUCUUACCUUCAGGUUGCUGUUUCCAUUGCUCAAUAUGAAGGGUAUCUAUAUCCUUUUGUGGAUGAAUUGCUAUACAACAAGAUCUGCCACUGGGAUAAAAGCUUGAGAGAACUUGCUGCAGAAGCUCUUGCUGCUCUUGUUAAGUACGAGCCUAAGCACUUUGCCAACUAUGUGCUGGAGAAACUAAUUCCUUGUACCCUUUCAACUGAUUUGUGCAUGCGCCAUGGUGCAACAUUGGCAGCUGGAGAGGUUGUGUUAGCUCUGCACCAGUGUGGCUAUGUCCUUUCUGCUGAUAGCCAAAAGCGUAUGGCUGGGAUUGUUCCUUCCAUUGAGAAAGCGCGCCUUUACCGUGGAAAAGGUGGAGAAAUAAUGCGACUGGCUGUCUCACGGUUUAUCGAGUGUAUCUCGCUAUCUCAUGUGACAUUAGCUGAAAGAACAGAACGGAUCUUGCUUGAUACUCUCACUGAGAAUUUAAGACAUCCCAAUUCUCAAAUACAGAAUGCAGCUGUCAGUGCUGUUAAACAGCUUGUGCAAUCCUAUCUCGUUGGCAAUGAUAAGAAAUCUGUUGAUUUGAUAUCAAAACACCUAAAACAUCUAACGGACCCAAAUGUAGCUGUCCGAAGAGGUUCUGCACUUGCACUAGGUGUCUUGCCAUAUGAACUAUUGACUGCAAAAUGGAAGGAUAUAAUUUUGAAGCUCUGCAGUGCGUGUAAGAUAGAGGUGAACCCUGAAGACAGAGAUGCAGAGGCACGUGUGAAUGCUGUAAAAGGACUCACAUCCGUGUGUGAGACUCUUACUCAGAAAAGGGCUAGUGAUCCUGAAAACGAUGACCUGUCUCUUUUUCUUCUUAUCAAGACUGAAGUGAUGGAUACUUUACUGAAAGCUCUUGAUGACUAUUCAGUUGAUAACCGAGGUGAUGUAGGUUCUUGGGUUCGUGAAGCUGCAGUCCAUGGCCUUGAGAAGUGUACAUAUAUCCUCUGUAAGAAAAUCGGAACAAAUACAGAGGGUGAUCAUAACGAUGAUACGUCUUCACUUUUCGAUUCAAAUCUUGCGACCCGUCUAAUUGGAGGUAUUGUGAAGCAAGGAGUGGAGAAAAUGGAUAAACUAAGAGAAACAGCUGCAAAGGUUCUUCAAAGGAUUUUGUAUCACAAAUCUGUUUCUGUCCCUCAUAUACCUCAUAGAGAAAAACUGGAAGAAAUCCUUCCCAACAAGGCAAGCUUACAGUGGGCGGUUCCGGCUUUCUCUUUCCCACGUUUUGUGCAGCUUUUAAAACUCUGUUGUUACAGCAAAGAGGUGAUGUCUGGAUUAGUAAUUUCUAUUGGAGGAUUACAAGAUUCACUUAGAAAGGCUUCUCUCGUUGCAUUGUUGGAGUAUAUGAGGGAAGGUGAAGCUAAAGACCCUAAAGAACAACAAUCCAGAGAGUCUGCACUGGGAGAUGACAUUCUCUGGAUACUUCAAGAGUACAAGAAAUGUGACAGAGUUAUGGUACCCUGUCUACAGACAAUUGAGAUCCUCUUCAGCAGCAAGAUCUUUCUGAAUCUAGAGUCUUAUACGUUGAGUUUCUACGCGGGUGCCAUGGAUUCUCUAGCCAUCGAACUAAGAGCUUCUAAGGAUUUCACAAAGUUAAAAGCAGGCCUUGCAAUACUUGGAUAUAUCGCUUCAGUCUCACAUCCCAUCAGCACAAAAGCAUUCUCUCAGCUUCUAUCAUUCCUUGGCCACCGAUACCCAAUGAUCCGAAAGGCGGCAGCUGAACAAGUUUAUCUUGCGCUCCUUCAAAACGGAAUCUUAGUGACAGAGGAGAAGAUGGAGAAAGUGAUAGAGAUAAUUUCAGAAUCUUGUUGGGAAGCAGACAUGGAAUCGACUAAGACUCAGAGGUUAGAAUUGUGCGGAUUGGCUGGUUUAGACCAUGAAGUAGUGUUCAAGACAAGAAACAGAUUGGCGACCAGGGAUAUAGCCGGGAAUGAAACGACUGCGUCUGACGAGAACGCGUCUUACUCUUCCUUGCCUCCAAGGUCGAAGCCAGAAACCAAUAUUGGAUAUGGAGGCACAGCAAAGAAAAAAAAGGGAGAGAAUCCAUACCCACACAAGUUUUUAGUGUCCAUGUCAAUCUCUGAAUUCAUUGAAAAGUAUACUACUUUAAGCAACGGAGACCAUGUUGAAGACGACCAAGUUUCUCUAGCUGGACGGAUAAUGAGCAGGAGAUCUUCCUCUAGCAAGCUUUUCUUCUAUGAUCUACAUAAGUGUGGUUCUAGGGUCCAAGUUACAGUUGAUGCAAGGGUCCAUGCUAAUGUUAAGCAUGGAGAUAUUGUCGGUGUCACUGGAUUUCCAGGAAAAACUAAGAGGGGAGAGCUAAGUAUCUUCCCACGAUCGUUUACUGUAUUGUCUCAUUGCCUCCACAUGUUGCAAAAGCCUGGUCCUGAUGAUCUUGGGCCUAACUGGGUUCCAGGAAAGCCUAGAACUCCAGAAACUUAUAUUCUUAAAGAUCAGGAAAUUCGGUAUCGCCAUCGUUACCUUGACUUGAUGCUGAACGAUGAGGUCUGCCAGAUAUUCAUGACCAAAACUAAGAUAAUCAAAUACAUUAGAAGAUACCUUGACGAUCUUGAUUUCUUGGAGGUUGAGACACCUAUGAUGAAUAUGAUUGCUGGUGGAGCAGCUGCACGUCGAUUUGCGACCCAUCACAAUGAUAUGAAUAUGAAGAUGUUCAUGCGUAUCACACCAGAACUCUAUCUUAAGCAGCUUGUUGUUGGCGGUUUUGAGCGUGUUUACGAGAUAGGAAAGCAGUUCAGAAAUGAGGGUAUUGACUUGACACACAAUCCAGAGUUCACCACCUGCGAGUUCUAUAUGGCUUUCGCAGACUACAAUGACUUGAUGGAGAUGUCUGAGAAAUUGCUCAGUGGUAUGGUGAAGGAAUUAACAGGUGGCUAUAAAAUCAAAUACCACGCUAAUGGGUAUGAUAAGGAGCCAAUUGAAAUCGACUUCACUCCUCCAUUUAGGAGGAUUGACAUGAUGGUAGAGUUAGACAAGGUGGCCAACCUUAAUAUACCAAAAGAUUUGGCUAGCUGGGAAGCUAACAGGUAUCUGAUUGAUGCAUGUGAGAGGUUUGAUGUCACAUGCCCACCUCCUAAGACGACAGCUCGUUUGUUAGAGAAACUUUGCAAUGCCUACACUGAGUUGAAUGAUCCUGUGGAACAGCGGCAGCGCUUUGCUGAUCAGCUCAAGGAUCGACGAUAUGGAGAUGAUGAAGCUAUGGCUAUGGAUGAGACGUUUUGCACGGCUCUAGAAUAUGGAUUGCCUCCUACAGGUGGUUGGAGAAUGGGAAUAGACAGGCUUGUUAUGUUGCUUACCGACUCACAGAACAUUAAGGAGGUUCUCCUCUUCCCAACAAUGAAGCCUGGUCAGGACGAGCCAGCUGCGCUGCGACAGGUAGAACCAAAUAUAUCUAUUAUACAUACUCCUUGAUCUUGAUCUUUUUAGUGUUUUAGAUAUAUGUGCCAUUCUUAUAUAAAAUUGUUCUAUGUGA